UUUUUGUAAUGUUUUGUCUGUUAGGUAAAUGGCGUGAACAUCGAGGGCAUGCGGCACUCCGAGGUGGUGGCCUUCAUUAAGAAAGGAGGGAAUGAGACCUGGCUGCUGGUUGUGGAUCCGGACACGGACGAAUACUUUAAGAUGAAGGGCGUCAUCCCCACUGUCAGCCAUGUGAAAGAUUACGAUGGUCCCUCGAUCUCCAACGGAUCUCACAGCCCUCUCAUGAACGGCAGCUCCACGUCACAUUCCAUCAGGUCAACGACCUUCAAUCACAGGAGCCACGGCAACGGCACACAGCUGGCGACCAACGAGCGAAGUCGAUUUUCGGACCCGUUCGCCGAAAUCGGCCUGAGCGCCACGGCGGCCGAGGAAAAGCGGAAGCUCCACGCCAAAGAGAAGAGGCGGGCCCCGCAGAUGGACUGGAUGAAGAAAUACGAGCUCUUCAGCAAUUUCUAAGGAGACGCUUCCAACAGGAGAGGAGGAUUUGAAUGGAUUUUAAAGAGCAACUCCUGAUAUUUUAGGAUCACUCUUCGACUCUGGCGGACAUAUUUUUGUAGUAAAGUAUAUCAAGUGUUAUACAAGCUUGAUCAUGGCAAUGUGGAGUUGCCAUAUGGUCACUGUGACAUCAAUGAUUGUGGCCCAGAAGAUCACUGUGAGAUGGGGACGCCAUCCUCCUCAAGGAAACUAGCUGAAUGUGUGCAGCAGAGGGCAGACCGGCCCCACAAAUACAACAUGACCUUAUAUGACUUUUUUUUUUUUUUUUUGGUGUCAUUCUUAAUUUGUUCUAGACAAGAAAUGAUUAAGGUUAUGUAUUCUGGGUGCAUUUACUCCCAAAAGUGGUUUAAUGUGAAAAACACAUCAACGUGGUAGAGAUUAGAUGAGCAAUGGAAAGUGUAUUUUACUUUCUUUGACAAUGGCGACCUGCAUUGAAGAGACAGUAUUAUAAUAAAAUUAUAUUUUUAAAGUUGGGACUAUCAAAUGAAGCAUAGACCGAACACAAGUACUUACUCCUCAUGAGCAAAUGAACUCAAUGUGUAAUGUGAUGCCAAGUUACCUACAAUCAUGAUGAUAUCACGAUACAGCUAAUGCAUGACAAUCAAUAAGCAACUUCAUUGAUUUUCUUCUGAAAAUAGCUUACC